CUAUACGUCGUAUACAAUAUUAUAUAUCUCCGGAUAAUCGUAAAUCGGCCGAUUUAAUCGACUGAUUGGCUGAACACGUGCCGAAGUGAACGACUUGGAUUCGUGGUUUAAACCACAGUUUCACUUGAAUCCUUCCGCGCCAGCUUUUUUCACUUUUUGAUUGUCGACAUCGAGAUUUAAAGAAGAUCAAACCUUGAUUGUCAAGAUCACUACAAGUUUGCAUCCUAAUCAAAUCUUUCCUAUUUGCCUCCAGAAUUUGUUUUGUGUUUCGAAGCUGCAGGUAGAAUCCCUUAUCUAUCACGAUGAUGUUCGUCGAAAGAAACGCCGAUCUUUUUUUAAUGAUUAUCAUAUGUCUACUUGUGAAUCAUUGUCAAACGUCGUGCAUCGGAAAGACUAUGCUAAGGUCCGGUGGUAUAUCGUGUGAGGAAAAGCAGAUUAUCUUGGAUGAACAUAAUCGAUUAAGGCAACUAGUGGCAUUGGGACAGAUACAUGGCCAACCAGGUGCCUCAAAUAUGAUGGAGAUGAUAUGGGACGAUGAACUUGCCGCAAUAGCACAAAGAUGGGCAGAUUAUUGCGCAGAAUCACAUGAUAGUUUAAGAAAUGUCCGUAGAUUCACAGUAGGACAAAACAUUGCUCGCUCAUGGACGACCAGGCCUCCUGGACCUUACGAUGGCGAGCCAAACUGGAGACGACAAAUUUCUGGUUGGUUUAACGAAGUACAGUACUAUCAUUCCGGUUAUAGUAAAACCACCGGACACUACACACAGUUGGUAUGGGGCAACACUUUCUUGUUAGGAUGCGGAUAUUCGUUCUACUAUGAUCCGGCUCGCGGCUACACCAAGAAUUACGUAUGCAACUAUGGUCCGAGUGGAAAUGUACUCGGCUUUCAACCUUACAAAUCAGGCCAACCUGCCUGCGGCAAUUAUGGCAUGUCCUACAGCAACAGAUACGCCGGAUUAUGUUCUCAUGGAAAUUACUAUUACUUGGGAGCUCUAUGCGUAUAUGGAUAAUACGAAGAAUGUGGAUGAAGACUUUAAAGAGGUUUAAUAUUUUUUUAGAUUGUCCAUCGUGUACGAAUUAUUUUCGGAAAUGUAGGACUGUGAUAGUGUGUAAUAAAUAUUAACAGAUAAUUCUUCUAAUAUAAAUAAAACAGUCAGAUACAUUAUGUAGAUCGUAUAAUAGUAAUUGAUAGUAAUUAAUUAGAAAACACAAAAGUUGAUCCGCUAUACACAUUAAUUUGUAUAUAUGACGCAGUAAGUUUAUAGUAAAUAUAUGCAAAAUAGUGUGAUACUGAUUACACAUACACACACACGCGCGCGCGCGCACAUACGUACCUACGUCCGUACGUACCGUAUAUAUAUUAAACAUAUAAAAACUAUAUAUGUAGUCAAAUAUGAAUGCAAAUUCCGAUGAAAACAUUUUUCUAGACUCUCCUCCUUAUAUUUUGUCAUACGAUAAAAUAAGUUAGUUAGAAAUCUAUAUCUAUAUAUAGAGACUAUGUUUCGAUAUAUCUACGCUACCAAUACUAAUGAAAAUCUAUAAUAUAUAAAUAUAUGAAGCAAAUUAUAAAUAUUUAAUACUGGCACUGUAUAUCAAAACACUUUGUCAGAGAAUUAGUACUUACAAAAAGAAUCUGUUAACACAUAUGUAAAUAAACCAAAAAGUUUCUUUAUAA